GCCCUGGAAUGUCCGUCGGUCUGCGGCUGAACAGGAAGUCUCCGCGGUUGCCAUGUAACUUCCUGCAGGGUCCUGGGAGUCCAAGAGACUGCAGGGCCGGGUGGGUUCCGCGCAGAGAGCGAAGGCUGGGUUAUAACCGAGAGAACCGGGGCUCCGCCUUGCAGAGAGGAGCGAUUCCGAGUCCAAGAUGUCUGUGGCGGGGCUGAAGAAGCAGUUUUAUAAAGCCAGCCAGAUGGUGAGUGAGAAGGUGGGGGGCGCAGAGGGAACCAAGCUGGAUGAAGAGUUCAAGGAUCUGGAGAGGAAAGUAGAUGUGACCAGCAAGGCUGUGACGGAGGUCAUCUCCAAAACCUCGGAGUACCUGCAGCCCAAUCCGGCAUCCCGCGCGAAGCUGUCGAUGCUGAACACGGUGUCGAAGAUCCGUGGCCAGGUGAAGAGCCCAGGAUACCCGCAGGCAGAGGGGCUGCUGGGAGAGUGCAUGGUGAAGUAUGGCCGCGAGCUGGGAGAGGACACAAACUUCGGUGGCGCCCUGCUGGACGCAGGAGAAUCCAUGAAGCGGUUGGCAGAGGUGAAAGACUCUUUGGACAUCGAUGUCAAGCAGAACUUCAUCGACCCCCUGCAGGGGCUAUGUGACAAAGACCUGCGAGAGAUCCAGCACCACCUGAAGAAGCUGGAGGGCCGGCGGCUCGACUACGACUACAAGAAGAAGCGCCAGGGGAAGAUCCCCGAUGAGGAGGUGCGGCAGGCGCUCGACAAAUUCCACGAGUCCAAGGAGGUGGCGGAGACCAGCAUGUACAACCUGCUGGAGACCGACAUCGAGCAGGUGAGCCAGCUGUCUGCGCUGGUGGAGGCGCAGCUGCAGUAUCACCGGCAGGCGGUGCAGAUCCUGGAGGAGCUGUCCGAGAAGCUGAGGACCAGUAUGAGCGAGGCAUCCUCUCGCCCACGCAGGGAGUACACCCCCAAGCCCAAGCCCUCCCUGGAUUAUGGAGACGCCGAUCAGUCCAACGGAGGCUUCUACACCCCCGCUGCAGCUGCAGCACCAGCGGCCCGCUCCUCGGCAUCGUCGUUCCACCCGCGCAGAAUGUCUUCCCGAUCCUACAGCGCCUCCAUGGACCAGCCCUGUUGCAAGGCGCUAUAUGACUUUGAGCCCGAGAACGAUGGCGAGCUGGGAUUCCGUGAGGGCGACAUCAUCACCCUGACCAAUCAGAUCGAUGAGAACUGGUAUGAGGGAAUGCUGCACGGCCAGUCAGGAUUCUUUCCCCUCAACUAUGUGGAAGUGCUGGUGCCCCUGCCGCACUAGGGGGUGUGGUGGUGGAUGGGGUGGGAAGGGGUAUUUGGGAGGGACGGGGGGCAGAGAAGGGCAUCUGUAAUGGAGCUUAUAUAGUGUUACUAUUUCAGUGCCUCUCUCUUCAUUAAAAUUGUCAUCCCUGCACUGAGGCACAGAGGGGGAGAGAGAGUGGUGCAGAAGGGGGGAAGUAUUGAAACAUUCCUGCAGUAAAAAGAGUCAGUCAUACAGCUGUCCUGCAGCAGGGGUGUGUGUCGGGGGGCUCUAUACACUUUAACUCUCAGUGCUGUAUCAGGUCCUGAGAUCUGGGGAAAAUGGCGUUCUCUGUAAUGCUGUGAGUUUUUAGUCCCACCUACUGGUUGUGUUGGUGCAGCUGUGACAGCCCUUAUUUAGAGGUGUGGCAGAGCUGUGAUGGAGAGGGACAGAAAUAAUCAAUCUCAUUGAUAUCACCACACAGCUUCAGGUCCCACUCAACAGUGCAGUUAACACUGUUCCAACAGGUUUAACCUCCCUGAGUUGCAUAUCUUCUCUACAGUGCUGUGUUCAGGUGAGAUGUUGCCAGUGUUCAUGUGUCAGUGUACAAAGUUGCACAGGGCCCCCUGGUGGCAGUAGAGAAGUGCAGCAGUAUUCAUGCAGUUGGACAGCAGGAGUAGCUGACAGUACAGUCUGCAGAUCAGUACAAUAAAGGGCAGAUUCUUAUUUAUAUCCAUUUGCUCUAUAGAAGACAUUAUAUUGAUCUGAAAAUCACUACUUGUUCAUAAAGAAGGGAGAAUGAAUUGGGAAUGAUAAUAGGGUUGAGCUAUAAGCAAAGACCGUCCCCUCCCAUGAGGGUAAGAUCGGGGCUGUUUCAUCAGCUAGAAGGCAGGCAGCCUCUUGUCUCUGUACAACGCUAAACAAAAAUAUGACUGAAGGAAAAACACUACACUCUGAAAGACGGUCCACUCCGGUGUUUCUAGGAGAAGGGGACGGCAGGAGAGGGCGGAGGUCGGAAGAUUGUAAGGGAAGGGUAGAGCAGGCAUCUGAAGGAGCCAGAGCAUCUGCUGCAUCUUAUUAUAGUUUUUCAGUAAAACACCUCUGUGCCUAAUCAGUGCAGAAUGGCUACCCCUUAGCCAGUGGCUGAAGGUGUACAUGAAGCCUGAGGGAGGGAGGCUCCUGGGAGUCAGAGGGGAGACCCCCCACUGGCAGCUGGCUCAUGCAAGGACCUACUGUCUUCACCUCACUCUGCCAUUGAGUCUGCCUCUGCCGCCAGACUCCGCUCUGCCAUUGAGCCUGCCUCUGGCGCCAGGCACCGCUCAACCAGAAACUGCUAGCCUGUUUGUGGUCUAAUAGAUAGUUCAGUGCACAAUUAAUUAUGUAAGCAAUGUCCCUGGAGGAGUUUAGUUCUGUCUGACUGAUAGAAAAGGAAAAAGUAAAAACCUAAUCAUAACUACAUGAACAUUAACUACAUUUCCUGAGCUGACGACUUUAAUGCCACAGCAAAGCGCUGUGUGUCCUGUCACUGGUGUCUGUCGCUGUCUCUCCCUGUCUGUCUCGUGUUGGGGACACUGCUGGCGGUGCCCAAUGUCUCGGGGGGAGGGGACUCGACUCCACAAGGGAGCUGCAGAGGGUCCCAGCUGUAGGUGUCAGGUCCCAUCCAGGGGACAGCUGCCUCCCCUAGCAGCUCUCCAGGAACAGAGUCCAGCCCCUCUCUACUAACUGGACUUGAUAGGACUGGGACAGACUGGACUUUUGUAUUCAGUCACUUUGGACUGUACUUGACUAGACUGUUCAAAUCCCAAGGAGAGGAGUAGUAAAAUCAUUUUGUAAUUUUUUUAUUAAAAUUUUGUUAAAGCUCUGCUUGCAUUUUGUGUUCAUUGGUGGCAUUGUAACAGAAACUCUUGAGUCUAGUGAACAAGGCAGAAGGUCAAGGUUUCAAAAUCCUCAAAAGCUGUAUCUUGGCCUGUCAAAGGAGUGUGUUAAUAGCAGGCAGGGCCAGGGUGGAAGACUGUGAUGUUCAUCUGUGACCAGACUCCCACAUGCUGGCCCUCUUCAGAUCCAUGUUGGUUUACUUUAGUUUUGAAGUCACUAUCUGGAAUGUGAGGGACUCUUGAAUUCACGUGUUUUGGUAAAUGAGAAGUAUAUAGGCCUUUAAAGCUUUCUGUGUUUGAGAGCAAGAAUCUAUCCUAGCCCACUGGGCUUUCAUUGUCAUAAUGUUCUCACUUUUAAAUGUAUUAAACUUUUAAAAUGAUCUGGCUGUAGUCUUCUAAUAUUGUUUACGUAUUCUUUAUGUAUUAAAAGUACAUAGUGUUCGGCAGUGAUUUUAUUUCCUAGUCAAUGGCUUGUGGUGCUCAGUGGAUAUACGAUGACAGGCUGAAUGCAUUCUUACUUCACUGAGUGCAGACUGGUGAGAGUACAGGGUCUGUCUAUAAAAAGAACACUAAGAGACAAAGGGGUGUUUGCAGCCUCGGCCUGCCUGACUCAGCUGUAGCCCACAUUCCAGCAUGCCACCUGACACGGUGCCAGUCCAGCGGUCCUGCUCGGCUGCAGUGCUCAGGAGUGCCCGGGGCUCUGUGGCAGCGAGAGUGGCUCAAGUGAGCUUAGUUAAACCUCCAUUCAGCAACACAAGGCACAGAGGCCUGGCUGUGGCCCUGCUGGUCUCUGUGCAGAGACACUACGAUUGUCACACUACAUUGAAAAACAAAAAGGGGCCGUUUCUCUGUUUAAUCCUAUCUGAGAGUCUAUCUUUUGAUAUUAAGAAAUUAAAACAUUAUUCUGUUAUGUUAUUAAGCAACCUUGUAGUAAAAACUGUAUCUUUUUAUACAAACUAAUCUUGCAUGUAGGUCCUCCAUUAUGGAAUUACACCUUAGAGUGGAAAAACUGCUUAAUUACUUUUUGGCUAUGCUCUGAAUUAAUUUACAAUUUUAACUAGUAUUUUUCCUGUUCAGUAUCAUACUUUUGUACUAGUGUAAAGUUUAGUAUAUCUUUAUUCUUUUUUUCAAACUUUCAAUAAACGAGAUAUCUGCAGAA